ACGUCAUGUUAAUGUCAAACGAUUAGUAUUUUUUACAAAUAGUCAAAAUAUUUUAAAACAAUGAUUGAAGAAGACAACAAAACGCUCUGGUGUGGCAAUUUAGCAGAACAAGUCACUGAAGAAUUGUUGUACGAACUCUUCUUGCAGGCGGGUCCCCUGGAAAAGGUAAGGAUCCCAAGGGAUCGAGACGGCAGACAAAAAAACUUCGCAUUCAUAACUUACUGUCACGAGAUUUCUGUACCUUAUGCUAUAAGUCUUUUCCGCGGAACCUCACUAUUCCAUAGAGCUCUGAGUUUGGAUACGAGAGGAAAAAUUGCAAGGCCUCCUCCCAUGCGCUAUGGAGACAUACCCGGACCCAUUCCUGACUUCAGUGGCCAAGCCAACAUUGCUAAACAAUUUUCAGAUAUGACCCAACGUCUAUGGGAAGAGAACCCUAAACCUAGCCAUGUGCCCACACACAGGCCAGACAGAAAUGAUAAGCUAGUUAUGGCCAGUCUGCAAGGUAACUGGUCACACAGGCACCACCCUUACAAACCUAAGGACAAAGCACACAGCCAGAAUGAUUAUAGACAUAAAGCAGACAAGUAUAAAAGAGGAAGCAAGAGCAAACACCCUUCAUGGAGGGAUAGGAGAGAUUACGGAAACCGUAGGUGAGAUUGGUUUCCAAGUAAAGACUAAAUUGAUGUUGUAAGGCGUUCCGAUUAUCAAAUGUCUGGAUAAUUGAUGUAUGGAGAAAUCUUUUUGUAUUGUACAUAGAUUUUGCAUCUAUGCUAUAUUCUUUAGUCAAGUGACUAAAAUCUUUGUUUAUCAAAAGAUUUGCAUACUUGUUUGAGUUAAAAUUUAUUUGAAAUUAAAAUUUUCAAAUUUAACAUGUUUGCUGCGGUACCAAUUUUUGUGUACUUUCCUCUGGUGCGGUAUGAGGUUUUUUUGACUUCAUACUAGAACUUCAUGUGGUCUGGUAUGAGGUCCAUCGACCUCCUAAAUCUUGAAGAUGCUAGAUGUACAAGGUCAAUUUACCUUGUACCGCAGCAAAUGUGUUAAGAAACUAAGAUAUUCAUGAGUUAUUCUUUUUUAAAUUUCUUCAUCAAUCUGGUAUGUGUAUUCGUAAAACUGAGAUCCAAAUAGUUAUACUAUGGCAAUUUAAUAUCUACCCUCAAAGUAGAGUAAACCAAAAGGUUUCUCUAUAUCUCAACAAAGUGUUGGGAUAAUUAAAACACACAUAUUUGAGAUGUUAAUAUAAUAAGAUCCAUUUUAUAUUUUAUAAUGUCACAUCUUUUUUAUUUUAUUUGAGAGAACUGAAUAUAUUGUUAUCUUUUUAAAAAUUUAAAAUAUAUUCUAAAACCAGAUUAUCCACCACCACCUUUGAUGUUAUCUGUUAUUAUUAGUUGAUAAAUAACCAAUGAAAUAAAAACAUGAAAAUGACCCAUUUGUCUACAUAAUACUCAUAUUUUCAUUCUUGAAAGAAUUUCUUUAAAGAUGCAAAUAACUAUGGUUUUUUGUAUCUCUUUUUUUAUACAAUUUAGACUUGAGCUUGACUGUAAUGCCUGCCUGCCAGCCUGAUGGAAAGCAUUAAUGGAGUCUAAGUUGGAGUGCGCUUACCUAGGAGAUGCCUAUUCACUCUUGCUUUGAAGGUGUUUAAAUUACAAUUGAAAGAAACACAAACGCAGGAAGGCUAUUAAAAAUUUUUGCUGUGCAAGUUAGAAAUGUGGAUGCAAAUUGUUUAAUAUGAGUUACCUGAACAUCCACAAUGUAAGGAUGUUCAGGCAGGGUCUGACCUUUGUCAUUACAACACAACAAUUUGUUACUAUUAUGCAGUUAAGCCAUAAUAAUUAUAGUGUAUGUUUUAAAAUUUUAGUUUAAUUUUUAACAACAGCAGCAAAACAAUUUUUGACAUAUGAUGAAUUAAUUAAAAAAACCACACCAUCUACAAUAAUUAUAUAUCUGUCAAUUGUUUAAAGUCUUUCUUUUAGACUAGUUUUAAAAUAAUUGAUCAAUAUGUGAAUAAAUUUGCACUUUUUAUUACAUUUUAAACAAA